AUGGCGGACUUCGAUACCUACGACGAUCGGGCCUACAGCAGCUUCGGCGGCGGCAGGGGGUCCCGUGGCAGUGCUGGAGGCCAUGGUUCCCGCAGCCAGAAGGAGCUGCCCACAGAGCCCCCCUACACAGCGUAUGUAGGUAAUCUACCUUUUAAUACAGUUCAGGGCGACAUAGACGCUAUCUUUAAGGAUCUCAGCAUAAGGAGUGUACGGCUAGUCAGAGACAAAGACACAGACAAAUUUAAAGGAUUCUGCUAUGUAGAAUUUGAUGAAGUGGAUUCCCUUAAGGAAGCCUUGACAUACGAUGGUGCACUCUUGGGUGACCGGUCACUCCGUGUGGACAUUGCAGAAGGCAGAAAACAAGACAAAGGCGGCUUCGGAUUCAGGAAAGGUGGACCAGACGACAGAGGUGAUUGGCUCUUCUCCAGCCGAACGGAUGACUUCUUAGGAGGCCGGGGAGGGAGUCGCCCAGGUGACCGGCGAACAGGCCCCCCAAUGGGAAGUCGUUUCAGAGAUGGCCCUCCCCUUCGAGGGUCCAAUAUGGAUUUCAGAGAGCCAACAGAAGAGGAAAGAGCACAGAGACCACGGCUCCAGCUUAAACCUCGAACAGUCGCAACGCCCCUCAAUCAAGUAGCCAACCCCAACUCUGCCAUCUUCGGGGGAGCCAGGCCCAGAGAGGAAGUCGUUCACAAGGAGCAAGAAUGA